AUGCCUAUAUCUUCUGGAGCUGCAGGCAGAGUAGACGUGGGGAUAGAUACAUCCAUAGCAUGGGCACCAGAUGGCGUGAAGAAAGAGGCAAAACCUGUCAAGAACUGUGAUUCCUAUCUGAGAAGGUGGGUGAAAUUAUCUUUACUCUCUGUUGAAUUAAAGUGGCAUCUUGGUUUAAAACAAAGGUUGCAUCCUGAUGAAGCAAAACAUACUUUUUGAUUCAUGUCCAUGUGUGUGGAUACAUGGUAAUUUUUGCAAUGCAUCAAGUUUUUUCUGCUACAAUGGUUAAUUAACAUUUAACAAUAGUAAAACUAUUUAAUAAAACCAUGCAUCACACCAUUUUAGGCAAUUUAAUUCUAACAGCAUCUAUGGAUGUUUUCUAAGAAAGGAUGGUUUUGUUGAUGUAUCAAGCAAAAACGUUACUUGUACAAAACAACUUUGCUGUUUUCAUCUGAGGCAUGUUGUUGCUGGUCAAUAAAAGCUGUUUUAGUGCUGCCUCUCCCUCUGCAUCCAAUACAACACUCUGUUUCAAGGGAACUAUGCAGGAGGAGAUGGGGAUGUCUAAAAGCACUAAAAAGGCUCAUUAACUUUUCAACUGGUCAAGCUCUAUUUUCCUCAGACAAUGGUAGAAUAUCUCUGGUCAAGCUCUUUCCUUAGACAAUGGUAGAAUAUCUCUGGUCAAGCUCUUUCCUCAGACAAUGGUAGAAUAUCUCUGGUCAAGCUCUAUUUUCCUCAGACAAUGGUAGAAUAUCUCUGGUCAAGCUCUAUUUUCCUCAGACAAUGGUAGAAUAUCUCUGGUCAAGCUCUUUCCUCAGACAAUGGUAGAAUAUCUCUGGUCAAGCUCUUUCUUCAGACAAUGGUAGAAUAUCUCUUGCACAUGAAGUUUGUUAUUUAAUUUGUGCACCUUGGUUGGACUGCAAAGUAGCUACAGUACACUUACUCUGUAAUACAAUAUACUUAGUAAGUCUGCUCUGUCCUGAUGUUAUAUUAACAGGUAUCUGGAAAGCAAUGUGGGGAAGAAAAAGCACAAUAGCAACAUUUUGGGGGUAAGUGUCAUCAGUGUUAUAAUAACAGGCCAAUGAUACAAUCAAAUGAACUGGUACAAUGACUCAACAAGAUUUUGUCCUGUGUUUUCACGUGAUUAAAUAAAGUUAGCUUAUUUUUAAAAACAGAAUGCCAGUCAACACCUUGCUGGUCCAGAUGGAGAGAACAUGGACACGUUGUCAGCAGGUACGUUAGUAAGGAAGAGGAUUUUUUUUUGCACUUUAUAUGCUAGUGUUACAUGUCUUACCUAAAUAUUAAUAACUUAAAUUGGCUUAACUCUUCCAGGUGUGAGUAGGGAUCCUAACACACAACAGAAGAAUGGAGGCAGUGAUGGUGACAGAAACACCUCAGGAAAACAACCCAAGGAAGAGAGCUUGAAAAAAUCAAAAACA